GUACUCAAACAACCGCAACUUUCAAAAUGAUGGUUGAUUGCGGAGGUUAAGGAUUGCAGAGUUCGACUUGAAAAAAGAGUCAGUGUUUACAUGCAAUGGUAUGAAAGUCUGUUUGUCGUGUAUACCUUCUUAACAGCUCGGAGCCUCGGACAGAGUACUUUUAAACAAGUACAACGUGUAAACUUUGUUCAAAUUAUCGUACAGCAUGCGCUUGACUCGGGAUUUGUGUGAUUCAUGUAUUCAGUUUUCUAUUUUUUCUUUCACAGAGCAAGCAUCCAAAAAGGAUUAUCUUAGUGAAUGGAGAAGAACGUGUUGGUUCGUUAUUGUUAGCAGAACCAUGCAGUUCUUUUGGGUGAGAAUUUAUAGAAAAUGCCUUCAUUUCUCACUUACAUGCACAGUUAGUAAAAAAAAACUUUGUGCACAAAUAAAGUAUUUUUCGAUUAAUUUCAACUUUUCCCUUUUUUUUGCUGAAUCAAUAUCUUAAGAUUUAUAAGAAACCUAUUGACUGUGUUUCUGUUUAUUAUUUUCAUUACUUCUUCUGCAGCCCAAGAACUUUUCAAAAAUCGUCUUGGACAAAGCCACAAAAAAAGGACAAGGAGACAAUCUCCACUGCAACAAAUUCAAAGGCAAGCAGUUGUGAAGAAGCAGUGUCAGUCUUUUCUGCAGAUUAUGGCAAAUGCAUGCCCAAUUUUUUCCAUCCUUACCAAAACAUGUGCACAGCAGAAUUGCCUUUGCACAUAUAGGAUCUCAUUGAGUUCUGCCAUGCUAUGUAGACUGGGUGUCAGUCAUGUACAAGUAAGAGGGUUUCAGUUUCAGAUCCUGUCAAUGGCACACAAAGCCCUUUUUUGUUUUAAGUAUGCCUCAGCCAUUUUCUUUUGCAUUAUUACAAAAGCUUUUAAGUUAUUCUCAAAAUCUUGCAAAAUCUGUGUUGAAGUAGGUUUUUUCUUCUCCAUUAUUUCAAUGAGAUUUUGGGACAUUCCAUGCAGUUGUUCUAUUACAUGAACUCUGCAAUUCUCCACUUUUCACUGUUUAUUGUUUGGUAUGACCAAAAGUCUUGCACAGAUUAAGAACUAUUAGAAAUUAAGUCAGCACUCUGAUUUUGAUUCCCUGAUUUUUUAGCUGGUACUCAGCAGAUUUAAACAUAUUAGAUUUUCUUCCAAAAAAAACUGACUUAAUAACCUUGUUGUGUACAUUUGUUUUCAGAAGCGUAGUGCAUGGAUUGCAAGUUCAUUCAGUGACUUUGAUGAAGGAAAUACUAAGAAAACAAAACAAGCUAACAUCAACCAUCCACUUGUAACAAGUAAAGCUCCAGGCACUUUCUCAGAUAGACCAUCAUGCAGCUCUGAUUCACUUAUUAAUCUUUUUAAGCAGAAUAAGUAAUGUGCAGUGGUGAGAUUAAUAAAGGGGUAGAGAAAACAAGAAAUGAAAAGAACUAUCAUAGCAGCUAUAUAUGGUCUAAAUUUAUUACUAUGAUGAUAUAGAUUACACCUCACUCACAGACUGCAAAAAAUCAGCUGUGCAAUAUUAAUUUUUUUAAUGCACCAUUUAUAACUUUCUGUGGAAAUUCUAACCCAAGUCUUAACCCAUCUUAAGGUGAAAGCAGCCAAGCUGCCCAUCACAAAUUUAGGAAAGAUGAAGAUCUAUGGCUUGAAAAAUAUAAACCAAAAUCAGAGGUAUUGUCUGAAAUUGUUUUAUUCAAUCUGAGUUGCAUAAGGUAUCUUUUUUUACCAAUUUGGUGAAAUUUACUAUGAAAGUGUUGAAUAUUAAUUUAUUUUUUAUUUAGCUUGAACUGGCUGUUCACAAGAAAAAGGUAGCUGAAGUACGUAACUGGUUUUUGGAUCAAUUAUGUACACAGGUUAGUUAAGAGAGGGUGUCUUCCUCUGUAUUUUUAACAGCAAGCCAACUCUAAUUAAUAUUGUAAUAAAGUUCGGAUAUAACAUGUACUGUCAUUAGUUGAAAGAGCAUACUCUAUGAGAGUAUAGAGCAUAGAAUUUAGCUAAAGCUGUCACACCAGGCACAGUAAUUUACAUUACUGUAACAUAAGCAGAGACAAAAAUCCUCAAAGAUAAAAAAAAUGGACAGUCCAAGUUUUAAAGGUUUUCAUGCUCAGUUAGAUUGUGAGUUUACAUGUAUCAAGAAAAGUGGAUCAGCUUAGAUUACAGCAUGCUUUGUUAAAUGAUUAACAAUGACUGCAUAUGGCUACUUUGGAACAAUGGCAGAGACAGCUUCAAAAUACACGCGGGAUUUUUCAAAAUUUCCUAUUAUCACACAAGUGGCAGAUUUAAAACAUUGGCAAAACUGACGACAAGACAAAUCCUCCCCGUAAUAAAAAUCAAACACAGCUAACACUUGUAUUGUAUGUAAAGUUUCGUUUUCAAAAACAAAACAGAAAAAAACAGGUAUGAUGAAAAAUAUAACGUGGCAUAACUGUUAAAAUUCAUACUAAUCAUGACGGUGUCAGAGCAACUGUGAUCAUGCUAAGAUCUAUCGCGGCUAGCUCAUCAUGGUGAUCUCUGGUCAUCACAGUGGAGCAAGCCUCAGGAACUAAAUUGACUACCUUUCAAGUGGAAAAAUAAGAGCUUGCCCUGAUUACCUUUCCAAUGUGGUGAGUGGAAGGCCACAUCAGUCACUGCAGCCAAGUUUUACGGCGCUGUCAUUCCAAGCAAUCUUCAUGUUCUAGUGAUUUGGCUGUUGUUCAUUCAUAAUACACUCAUAAUACACUUGAACAGUUUGUUUUCUACUUGUCCUGUGAAAUAACUUGCGUAUUUUUGUGAGCCAUGAUUGGGCCAAAUUUCACUGAACAUUGCACUUUCAGAUCCUGUACUAGAAACUAAAAACUUCAGGCAAAAGUGUUAAAUUUGACAUGCUGAGCUAUUUUAGUUUGUAAACUAUUGCAGAAUAUGAACUUUGAUAGUUAUUGAACUUUGAUGGUUUGACAUUUUUGACAGCUUUAGUCUUGUACAACCAAUCAGAUUAUUUGAACCAUUCUAACAGGGAUUCUGAUUGGCUUAUUGUAGUGUGCUUUAUGAGAGCAUAGAGCAUGCUGACGGUACUGUUGUUUGCUUUGGAAAUAAGAUUUGUUUUGAAAAUUGAAAAUAAUUCCUGGGGAAUUUAAUAGAUUCUUUAUUAUAAGACAAAUUGAGAAGCCUUGACUGUGCUCUGUUCUGUUGUAAAGCACUUAGGAAGCGGCUAGAGCACUCAAGAAGUAGGGAGAAACACUUGACUAUGUCAUGUGUUUCCCCCUACUCUUCUCUCAUGCUCUAGCUGCUUCCUGCGUGCUUUACAACAGAACAGAGCACAGUCAAGGCUUCUCUAUAUGUUAAGUGAUUAUUGGGAUAUAAUUUUGUGAUAGGUUUGGUAGUCAAUUUAUUUGAAGUCAUGAAUGAUCUUUUAAUCAUGUAGCUAAGAUCUUUAAAAAACAGUCCUCAACUAAUCCAUCCAACUUUUGUUCUUUUAUGGUUGGAUGUUAUGAAUAAGUAGAGGAAUAAAUAAAUACAUAGAAAAAAAAAACUGAAUAAACAUGUCAGUAAACAAUUGAAUAAAUUUGAGUGAGAGGCAUCUUUUUUAUCAUUAUUAAUAUUUUAGACAUAUAGGGACACAGAUAAUUUAUAAAGGCAUAAAAUGUUUCCUUUCCUUGACUUGAGGUUUUUUGUUGCUGAAAAUUAUUUAAAAUGUGAAAGCAUAUUAUGACCUUGUCAUUAAAACUGUUUAAAUUCCUGUCAGGUGGGACAUGGUUCUAUAUUACUCCUGACUGGUCCAACUGGAGCAGGCAAAACAGCAACAGUCAAUGUACUUGCUAGUGAGUUGGGAUUUGAGGUUCAAGAAUGGCUCAAUCCUCUUAGUGAUACAGAAGGUAACUAGAAAUGGUAGAGUUACAGCAGUGAAGUACUUUUACAUGUAACUACCUGAAAAUCCUGGUUGAUAAAUGAAAAUAACCUAAAAGGACUGCUGAAGUAACUGUGUAAGUAAUAUUUUUUUUGGACUCUUCUUAAUUUCAGUUUACCAGUAGUUUUAUCUUGAUUCAGCAAUGUCAUGUCAUGUAUAGUAUAUUAAUGUGUAUUUUGGGUUAAGAUAUUUUUUAAGAUAUAAAUUAAGACAAAAGUUUUUUAACCAGCACCAUUCAUACCCACCCUGUAUAUAAUAUCUCAUCAGAUGAAGGGUAUUUUAACUGGAAAAGCCAUAGUCAAUCCCAGGUGAAACUUUUUCAAGACUUCAUAGUUCGUGCUAGCAAGUACCCCACCUUGUCAAUAUUCGGUGGGAAGGGAGAUAAUUCUGUCAAGAAAAUUGUCCUGGUAGAGGUAAGUAUAUUGUAAAGGUCUUAAAACUUACUUUCAUCAUACUCUCAGAGGCCUGUUUUUGAUAAAAAAAAAAUAUCUUUUAAUUGCAAGAAAAGGUAAAUUGAGGCUUGCAUUACCCUUGAUAUUCUCACACUAUAGGCCCCACUGGAUACCAUCUGCUAAUGAUUUCAGUAGUGGGCUCUCUCAUUGUAGUAUUACAGUAAUUAUGAUUAUUACCAGGUUUAAAAAUAUUCAAUGACAAUUUUACAAUCACUUUAAAGUGUACCUUUAGUUGCAUAAGUGAUAGUAGUUGAAGGAUUGGUGGCUAUCAUUGGAUCUAGUGAUUUAUUUUAGAAUUAUGUAGCAUGUUUUAAAUUUCUUUAUAGCUGUCUGCACUUUUUUUGUAGGACCUUCCAAAUAUAUUUUUCAGAGAGGCUUCAAAGCUUCAAGAGGUUUUGAGGUAAGUGAUGUUGAUUUAGUUUGAAUCCCAAAAAUAUCAAAUUUUGACUAGGAUGAAGUUAUAGUGACAGAAAUAAUUGGUUUUUAGACUACUCUGGAUCAAUCUGAAAAGGUUUCCCUUUAUGCAUCGCAAAUAUAUGAAAGAAGUCAGUGUUGUUUUUCAAAUUUUAGUGGGGAAUGGUGAACUGACAGAUAUAUGUGGGAUUUAAUAUUUUAUCAUGAUCAUGUUUCUAACUGCUCAACAGCACAUAUAAACAGAGAGGGCAAGUUCCUAUAGUAUUUGUCAUCUCUGACAGCCACCAUGGUGAUUCAAAUGUUCACAAAUUACUUCCCAAAGAUGUUCAGGAAAAACUGAAGAUUCAUAACAUCAGGUAAAAGUAUUGUAACUAACUUAAGGUGUUCAACGUUCAUAUAUGUAGACUUGCCUUGUUUCAUACUUAGAUUAUAUUCUACUAAACACUACAUUAAAUUUGUCACUUACAGCUUCAACCCAAUUGCACAGACCAGCUUGGUGAAAGCCUUGAACAGAAUAAUAUCAACUGAAGCUCAACUGGUAAAUAAGACACCUCUCCUAUUUAUCAGUUCAUCCCAAGAUCUUUUUAGUAAUUCUUCUUACUAUCUGCCAUACAGUUCUUUUGAUGUUAGUGUAGAGAAUUUGGCAUUUGAUCAGUUGAUAAUUCCCUUAAUGAUUUUUCCCUUCAUUCUCAACACUUUUCCGCUUGAUAUUAUAGUGCUAUUGUAGGGAGAAAUGCUGUGUUGGUCUCUUAUGGGAGGUUAAGGGUUCAUUUUCCCUCUUCCCCCACUAUAAUCCUUAGUUGAUUCAAAAAGUCUAAAGAUAAAGAAAACCACAAAAAGGUCAAGAGUUGCUAAUUAUUGAAAAGAUCAUUCACUUGGUAAGAUUUCAGUUUCUAAAUUUCUACGUUAUUUAAAUUCCCUUUUUAGCAGAAUAAAACAACAUUUGAGAUUCCAGUUAAAGAUACUGUUCAGCUCUUGGCUCAGAACAGUGGAGGAGACAUUCGCACAGCCAUCAAUGGUCUCCAGUUCUCCUCUUCAAAAGGUGAGAUUGCUGGGAUCAAUGAUGAGAUUUCCAGAGAUUUUCCCUUUUUCCAUUAAGAAUUGUAGUAAUUGCAGUAGAUCAUUUUGAAGUUUUUUAAUUUUCUAAUUACAGAUCACAUUUCCUUUUGCACGGAAAGUGAACAUAAAACAUGAUAAUCUUUAAAUUUUUUCCAAGUUAUAACCUUUGAUCUGAAAUUCAACCGUCACAGAUAAAUCACGCACCACCCAAAAGGGCUCAAAUGUGACAAAGAAAGAUGACAGAAAACCAAACAAGUCAAAAUUAAAGAAAACAAGUAGUUCACUGCCAAACAAGAUGAACACUUCAGAAUCAGUUCAGCCAUCCUCUAAAUGUCUUCUCUAUGGAAAAGAGACAAGAAAUAACCUUGAAUCAGAAGCAGUCACUGCUAUUGGUGGAAGAGACUCAGCUUUGUUCCUCUUCAGAGCUCUAGGGAAAAUACUGUAUUGUAAAAGUGAGUUAUUUAUGUUGCAUUAAAAUUUUCUGCCUGUUGGUAGAUGCAAAGGGGAGUACCUGAAAGGCAGUGCAUAAAAACUGUGAUAUUCAUAAUAAACAUGUUUCAUGUUAUGUUUUAGAAAUGAUAGUAAUUUUGGUUCCUGAAGGUAGUGUGUAAAAAGACUCUAGACAUUGAUUUUUUUUUUUGUAAAGGAGAUCCAACACUUUCUGACUCAGACUUACUUCCAUCUCACCUGUCACAUCAUGCCAGAAACCAGCUGUUGUUCUGUCCAGAGGUAGUAUGAAAAUUAUUUUCAAAUAUAUAUUUUAUGUUGUUGUUGUGUUGGAUUUUCAGAGCUUAUAUUGUUAAUAAGCACUCUAUCCCUUAAAAAACUCAGAACUUAAAAACUAAUUAUAAUAACAGUAAAUCAUAAAGUCCUCAUGAGAAGGGUAAUAUCUUUUUUUAGUAAGGAGGAAUAUAUAAAUACCCUCAGAAUAGAUUUAUGUGCAAGCUUUUUUUUUCAAAAUGUGUAUCACCUAAUAUGAAUAACCCCAAAAGACAAAUGUCAACAAUUAUUUUCGAUACUCUUAUCCAGGGUAAUAAGUGGCCUGUUUCCUUUUUUAUGCAGGAAGUGUUGGAGAAAACACAUCUCUCGAGUGAAUUUUUUAAUCUCUACCUUCAUCAGAAUUAUUUGGAAUUCUCUGCUGAUAUUGAUGAUGUGGUAGGUAAAGCAUGUCCCAAUGAAUAUUUCUAGUACUUAAAUCAUUUACAGUUCUCUUCUUCAAUAACAGUUUAAGUAACAUGUACAGGUAUAGCAUUAUAUACAGUUGUUGCUUAAUACCUCAGAACUCCAUUCAACCCAUUUAAUGUAACAACACAGUGUUUAUAUAAAAAUUUGGGCUUAAAAUUGAUCCAAAUUAUUUGUAAAAGAAGUCAUUUUGAUUUGUAUUGUCCACCUACCAUUGCAACAUACUUUCAUAUAAUUUUGAUCUUUUUUCUGUCUCUGAUUCUUAGGUGAAUAUUAGUGAACAUUUCAGUGAAGCCGACUACAUGACUAAAGAAUGGAUGGUAAAGAUCUCUCAUUUUAUUUUUCAUCUGUUGAUACCCAACAUGAUUGGAAAAAAAUUACUUGAUUACACGAUUCAUGGACCAUAAGAGUAGCUUCCUUCAAGUUGCAGAGGGCCAUUGCAAUUGUUUAUCUGGAUAAUAAACUUUGUUCACAAAGGGGCUGUCGUGUCAAACAAAUGCUAAAAAGUCCUCGUAAUAAUAUCACAGUUUCAGUCCUCCAUGAAGGAGUACAGCUCAUGUCUGGCAGCAAGAGGGUUGAUAUUCAACAGCAGAUCAGCAGGGACAUCAUCAAGUUCUAGUGGGUCAGGGAGAGGAUGGAGACCACUUCAUAAACCACAGUUGUUUGAGGUCAAUAAGAAGGUAAAUUAUUUCAGGAUAAAAGUGGAGGUUCAAAUUGCUUCUUUAUGUGAGUUAACAGGGAAAUAAAAAUAUUGAUGAAAACAUACUAGCAAUAGCAUAGUUAUGCCCCUUCCCCUUCCCCUUUCCAUUAUACAUUUAAUUUAAACUUGUGACAAUACAGUCACUUAAAAAAGUAUGUUGUACAAAAUCCAUUGAAAACUAUAAAAUGUUGCAUACUUUAAACACACCCUCCUCUAAUAUGGGUUUAAAUGACCCUCUCACAGAACUAAGAUUGAGAUGUUUAUUUUUAAUUGGUACUGAUGAUGAUGAUGGUAGUGUGAUACUGAAUUACUUUCAGAUGCGGGAUGGUGUUAACACUGCACAAGAUCUCUUCAGAGGUGAGACUUGUGCUGUCAUCACUAAAUCAUUUUGCUGUGGCCAAAGGGGACUUGUCAACCAACAAGUAGGCGAUAUUGUUAAUGAAGGGGAGGGAAGUAGUAGGGUUAGUAGGGUUGAGAUCUAGAAUCUUGCUUACCCCAAAUAAAGAAGUGUUAUUUUGGUUGACAGCGAUAAUUUUGUUGACUUCCUAAGAUUACCACUGUCCAUCAUUAGUUCUGCAAACAGAGGUCCUUCCGUACUUGGCCAUCACUGAUGUCCCCCUGCGGACACCUGGUUUGUUACAAUAUGAACCUUUUUUUUUAUUUAUCAUUUUUAUGAAUUUGACUAUGUCUUUAUUUAUUAUUCUUCUUCCUCCUCCUUGUGACAAACCUAAAACCUCAUCAGAAUUCUGGGAUGUUUAAGGUUCCAUUCACUCUCAGUUAACUGAAUUGUUAAUCUUUCUUGUGUUUAGGACAAAUUGCCUUCUUGCAAGCUAUCAGCAAUUUCAGAAAAUCUAAGCAUCCAUUCAGGUAAUGUCCAAUAAUGAACUACGUAGAAGCAAGCAGAUAAAUUUUACAGUUUUCAUACUGAUUGUGGUUCAGAUACCAACUUUUCACUUUCAAAAACAAUAUAUUUUUUCGGUUUUUUUAUUUGUAGGGGUGGCACAGAUAUGCUUGAUGAAAAAGACUGUGGUAUGAAUAGUGAUAAUGAUGACGAAGUCCAUGUUAGUUCCCAACCAAAUGGGAAUGGCACCCAGGGAGCUAAUAAGUGCCUGGCCAUGGGUGAAGAGUGUGAUUCGCAAGGAACCUCUGAGAUGCCUCGAGAUGAUGAUGAUGUUAUAGAAGAUUUUGAUAAUGAAGACUUUUAAAGGGUUUAAAAGAGCUUCUGACACCUUCCACUCAUGCAGGGUGGUUCAUCUGAGUGUGAUGCAGUGCCCCCCUUAAGGUUGUCAUCAUUUGUACAAAAGCUAUAGCCAUGAUUAUGGUAGACCCAAUCUUUACAAGGGUUAGUUUGAAGUAAAGUUUAUCUAAUUUCACACAACUUGUGGUCUAAAUGGUGGUAAUAUUAAAUAAACAGAAGUAAGGCCUGGAUCUAAAAGGAGAACAUUGUAAAUUGUGUACAAAAUCAUAAAAACAGAUUAUCUGUAGUUUGUUUUGUCAAAUACAUCCAAGUUUAGAAGCUAUUCAUUGAAAGAUAACAACUGCCAUUUGGUUCAUAGUGCAGCACUGACUUCCUCAACUUGCUGCCAUCAGGCUCAACUUAUAGUGUUUUAUAAUGUCCAAAGGAAGAAAGAGAAGCAUUAAUUUGAAAGUUAUACAGAUGGCAGAAGAAAUUAUUACCUAAUUUAACAAAACAUUUUCCGUUGAGUUAUUAGUUGUAUUAUGUAUUUACAUGAAGAAAAAGUACUUCAUAUAAGAUGAAACUUUAAAAAUAUAUAUAUUAAAAGUGAAUGACGGUUAAUGAUUGGAUUGAAAGGCUCCAAAAUCAAUGAUUAUGGGCUUUUCUGCAUUAUAUGCUCUUGUUUUGAUACUCACAGCUAUGUCAUGGAGUAACAAGCUUGAGAUUUAAACUUUUCACUGUCCAGAAAUUUAUCAGACUCAUUUGUAAAUAAUUGCAAUAAUUAUUGUUGUGUAGGAAUCUGUACAUUUCCUGUCUAAGACAGGUAAACUUUAUCACCAGACUCUAUUUGUUUCAAGCAGUUUUAAAAUCUGCUGUAGUAUCUGUGGUGAAUGUUUCUUGAGGGAAAUCCCCAAAAGAACUGGUUUGCUGGCAUGCUCAGUUAUAAGGGCUCCGAUCUGUUUAGCAUAAACAUGCCAGAUUUCCUGCAAUAUAAUAACAUGUUAAAAAAUAAAUACAAACAUAAAUCAAUGAAUGAAGUGAUAUUAACCUUCUGUCAGUAACAGUCCAUCCUCUCAAAAACCUGUUGUAAUCAUGAAUAAUUUUCCACUCAUUGACAGUAUUUAGAGUGAAUUUCUUCAUACACCUUAAAAGACUACACAUGGUAGACCACUGUAUUUACUAAAGGGGUAAGGGCUAAUGCUAGAAAGUUCAGCUUUUUUACCCUUUACGGUGUCUAAUUUACGUUUUCAACUCAGUUGUUAACACUAAAUUACCCAUUAUAUUUAUUAGCCUAUUAAUUAAUUUAGUGAGCAUGAAAAUGUGACUUUUUUUGCAGUCUUUUCUUGUUCCUUUUUUUCCCUUUUUCCCUUUUCCCUUUUCUUUCUCUCCACAGCCUUCUGUUGUCAUUUAAUUAAAGGAAGGGGGCCAUAACUUUCCCUAAUAAAACACUGAGCACUUGAUUACCUUUGCCUGCUUACGCCUGCUCCGCAGGCUUACAGAAAACCUGCUAAGAUUAUGAAGUCUUAAACAUUUCCCUGUAUGAUAGCUCAGUGAAUUUGGUACUGGUCACCAGUAAAUUUACUGUGUUCUGUAGUUGAUAAUUUCCUAAAUUCUUGCCAUCUAUUUACUUAGCAAUGAGUUCAUAUCCCACAGAGAAGAUGCAUUUGAUCACCUCUGAGACUGAUGGAGUUUACGCAGAACUAGACAACAGUAUAGAACUUGAACAAACCUCAUCACUGCCCAUGAGUAUUCUUGUGUUGAAUGUCUGUGCCUCUCUUUUGGAUGAGCUCUCUGUUGGAGACAUCCUAUUUACAUUAACCUGCAAGGGUGUUCAAUGCACAGAUGAUUUUUGAAGGAACUUAGUUUAUGCAAAUUAACAUACUCAAAGCUUUAAGUUCUCAAUAACAAAAGGAUUACGAGGAGCCUAUAGGGAACCUGAUGCAACUUCACAUCCAAAGAAGCCCAUCAGACCGUUUGAAAUGAUUAACAACACCAGCAAAUAUGUUCGAACAACCUCCUGUCAACCCUUUUAAUAACUCCCAUGGGCAACCAAAACAAAAUUUCACCUGAAAAUAUCAAUACAAAACCUAGCAGACAAGUGAUGAAAAUACAGGAAAACAUCAACUAGGGGUUUAUUAGUUGAUCCAAAACAAAAUUCUCCAACCAUACCUGAUAAAAAUUUAAGCAAGACAAUAAGGAAGAUUACAAAUGAGAUCUUAGGAGUGAAAACGUGUUAUGGAUAAUGUAACAAUACAUAUCAGCCAAAGAUCACAUGAAGCUCAAAAUUGUUUUUGAUACAGUGGUUGAAAUUAUUCUAAUUUACGCUCAGAGAUCUUGGUGUAAAUCAUCACUCAAUCAUCCAAUCAUCCAAUCAUCGAAACAGCUAUCAAAGAAAAAAUGUAACAAAAACUUAGGACACCAACACUCACCAACGUUCCAAUCUUCUCAAACUGUGAAACGAUCAAAAAGAUUCUGUCCUGAUAAGCAGCACAAAACACUUCUGUGUGGGUUCCUUCGAUAAUUGCCGCAGUCUAGAAAGUAAGAUAAUUAUCAAAAAACCACGCUGCAGAGCUUGUGAUUCACGAAAAAGGUACUUUUACCUGACGGGUUUUCACAGCCUGUGCAGCCAUUUUGAAAUCCACUAAAGUAUGGGGAAAAUGUAAGGUUUGAGGAGGAGUGGGAAGCCUAAGAGAUCAAGCGUCACGCUUUCCAGGUUGCUGCGUGACUGCUCACUUGUGUGAGACCUCGAUAGUCGGCAGUCACUUGUAAAAUUUCGCUAAGGAAAUAUCUGUGGCGGAAAACCACUAUGAUUUUCGUGUUACAGGUGAUUUUAAUUCUAAUUAUUGUUGAUAACAAUUGAAAAUAAUUUUUUCCAAGCGAAUUUUUCUGAUGCGACAUGCUCGCUGAUGAUCAAAUGCAAAAUACCUCGAUGUCAUGUGUACGUUAACUGGAAUAUUUGCUGUAUGUUACUGUUGUCUAAAUUGAAAUCAAACUUUUUUAAUAGGUUUGUCUUCGUUCUUAUGAGCUUCAGUGUCAUAUCUCUGUCGCAUGUUACCGUAGAUUUUGAUAAUUAUACUAAGAGGAGUAAUAUCAUCUCGAUUACAUUCGAAUGACAACAAAUAUUGUCUACCUUCGGCCUCGCUGCGGUUGUUGCGUUCCAUUCACUUACGUAACUCAAUUAAUUUCAGUAAUCCCUGCAUUGAACUUGAAGUCGGAACCAAGUUAACGUAUUCUGAAUCAAGAAUAAUUAUUCGUGUGCCCCAGUAACUGAUAAUAAGCCGAUGUUGACGCAAGUACCUUAGCAAAGGCGCCUUUUUAAGUACUAAGUUUCCUAUGUGCGUAGAGGACUCAAAAUUUUUUAAAGGGUGGAUCCUCAGUCUACCGUUAAGUUCUCUCUCUUAACAUUUGAAUUGAAUGAAUUUCAAUUAUAUUAACAGGCAAGUCAAUAAUUUGGAUUCUUUUUUUGCACUGAUCAAAAUGCAUUGGAUUGGAAAACACAAUUUUACAAAGGCACACACUCAACAUUGUAGCUAAGAUAAUGUGUUUUCUUCAUUUAUGUUCCAAAUCUAAGCAACAAGAUUUAACAACCUCUUGUCUCCAGCAUUUAAUCAAUUUCAUUAUUACCUUAUGUCCUUGGGUAGGUUAGUGUACCUGAAAAAAGUAAAGGUAAAAAAAGCAUUGUUUAAAGAAACUGUGAUGUUUGCAAAAACUCUUUCUUUUAAUCAUAUUCAGGUCACAGCUCAGCUGCUGCUUCUCAGUGUCUCAACUGUGUUGGGAUUUUCUAAAGGUCCUCCAUUGAGUACCUGUGAGAGUAAGUUCCCUCACCACAAACAUGCCCCAGCACAACAAGGACUGCCUCCCUAUAACAUCAAUGUGUCCGCACUCUCGUACAGCCUUGGAGACAACCUGACAGUGACCAUCUCAGGAUCACAGCCUUUUACAGGAUUCAUUUUGAAUGCACAGGGGACUGAAAGCUCAAUUCCAUGGCCAGUAGGAACAUUUACUCAAAUUCCAAAUUGUAUGUAUUCUCUAAACUGCUUCUUUUACUUCUUGCGUAUAAUUCGAGACAGUUCAUGGGAACAAGACAUCCAAGAAAGUAACUUUUUCUUUUUUACCAUGAACUUAGGAUGAAAAUAAGGGGUUUCUAAGUUUUCUUCUACCAUGGAAGAUUAUUAAUUGUUUACAACACUGAAACUUGAAUGCCCCAAAAUUCCCAGUACAACCCUUGUAUAGGACUUCCCCCCCCCCAUUGGAGAAUUCUGCUGACACCCCUAGGACAUCAAAUUAGACCCAAGUACUAUCUCCUUAACUAUUCUUGCAAACAAACAAAGAAAGGAAACAGGAGUCCCUGGCUGACAAAGGAUACAACAUUUCUGGCUGAUCUUUGGUGAAAGAAUGGUGGUCAUACCUUUUCUUUUUUUUGGAAGCGUUAGUGGACAAGCAGACAUGUUUUUUUUUCUCUUGCAGAUGCAGCUUAUUUUUACUGUUCUGGAGGUAAUCCAAAGGUAAGGUACUGCAUAUUUAUUUCAAAUUAUUUUAUAGUCAAUAAACGUUAUAGAUGUCUUGUUGUUGGUUUCUUUUUUCUGCUCAUAUUUAGAACACAGUUGGUCAAAACAAUCCUAAGCCAGCUAAGAAUUUGAAUUCACUUCAGUUCACUUGGAUGGCUCCUGAAAAGAGUGCAGGGAACAUCAGCUUCAUGUUAGUAACAUAUAUGUUUGUUUUAAAGGUCAUAAUAUUAAGCUUAAACAUGUUGAAAUGGGGGGGGGGGUGGGGUGGGGAAUUGGGGGUGGUUGUGAAAUGUAAUAUGUCGGUCAAUUUGACGUUUCCACCUCCCUCCACCUGGGAGUUUAUCAAAAACCCACCCUAAGGCCAAAAUUGAGUUCAAAUGUCCUUUCUCAAGUGCCAGAUUUGAUGGUCAAUUAUUUGGUGAAACCUAAAACCUAGACCCUGUAGACCUCCUCCUCCUUUCCUCCUCCAUCUGCUUGUCAAGUGAACUCUUUUUCUUUAAGCACCUCCAUAUUAAAAGAUAAAAUGUGUGUUCCCCUGGAAAGACUUGAUACUUUUGGUUCAAAUUCCCCACCCCACCCAGGCAAGGUUCAAAUUUUCCACCCCACUGUCCAGGCAUGAAGGACAAUCAAAUGUAUGUGGGUUGCCCAAAUGGAAAUGUUGAAGUUUUGAAUUGAUUGUUGCAUUAUUGUAAGCGUUUUGUUACACUAAGCCCCUUGUGCAAGGCACUCCACAGUUUAACUGUGUAGACAGAGUUCCUUCAGGAAAUAUGUUUAAAUAUGAGGUCCCUGCCUUUUGCAGACUUUCACAUGUUAUUUAUUUUCUAUAUAUAGCGCAACCAUCGUUCAGAACUAUUCCACUUUCUGGGAAAAAGUUACUUCACCUGUUGUUCACGGUCCGCCAGUGGAGAAUGUCACUAGAGGGACUUCAACAGAGAGCUUUCAGGUGAGGCUAUCAAAAAAUGGGCCCAGCAAAUGUAUGGUUUUCUAUCAUGAAGCCUUAUUUCCAUGACCCUUUGUUCUGGAACCAUUUUACAUUGUAGAUUGACAAAAAGGGAUGUGGAGAGACCAAAGGGUGUUACUCCUUACCAUCAAACUGCGCUGGAAGUGGAGACUGUACCUAUCUUUUCACUUACAAUGUUUCUGGAAGAAAUGUUAUCAUAGACAUGAGUGCUAAAGAGCGCUGGGUGGCAGUUGCUUUUAAUGAAAAUAAGCUAAUGGUAAGAGGAAACACCAUAGAAAAUUCAGUUUAUUUGCGUGUUUUCAUGAUCUUUUAUGUUCAUACAUUUUCUCAGGCAACAAAUUUUGUCUGUUUUUGUUGUUCUCCUUCUUAAGGAUAAGAUGGACUCCAUAAUGUGCACUACCAUGGCAACUAAUUUGGCAGAAUUUCGUCAUUUCUAUUCUAUUGGUCACAGUGUUGUCCGACAGGACCUGGUGAGGAAUAUCUGGCUAUUUCUUUAUAGCAUGACAGUGUCAUCCUCAUAAUUAGUAGAACAUAUUGGGUGAUAAGAUCUUUCACAAGAUAAUUUCUCUCUCAGACUGGUAACUCUGAUGUCACCUUUGACAAGAUAGUUUAUGAGGAUGGUGGGAUAAAGUGCAGGUUGGUAAAAAAGGCUGCUGACAAGUCUUAGUAACAAACAGAGCAAUUUUCAUUGCUUUGUCUUUCUUUACUUUGCUCUCUGAUUGGUUUAGAAAACUUGUGCCAUCCUCUUAAGCCAUCAAAUGCUCAUGAGAUCCCACUGUUCCUUACCCUUUGACUGAUGAACGUCUUUGGCUGCUGUCAUGGAAAUAUGAUGGAAACAACCUUAGUGUUGAUGCUCAAAAAAGAAAAAAUUGUAAUAAAGGGAUGGAUUCUCAAAGAUUUUUCAAAUGAGUUUUACUUUUUAUUUCUCUUUUCAAGUUAACAAUUUCUCUUCUGUCUCUCUACCUCAGGGUCACUCGUAAACUUACCUCAAAUGCAGUCUACUUUAGAGAUCUAACCAAGAAAUGGUAUCUGCUCUUCUCCUGGGGUAAAACAAGUACGUACCAUCACUCUCACAAUAGAGUUCUCUAUUUGACGUCUAAGCAACCUCUUCAAGGAACUAAUUUUGUGGGAAUGAUUUGAAAAGAAAGGCAAUUGAGGGAAAAACAGAUGAAGGAGGGGGUGCAAAGGAGGGAGAGUGGAGGAAGAAGUCACUCUUUUCCUUGUCACUUCUUCCCAGACCCUCACCACCCACUUUGAGAGUGGUUGUGGACUCUGUUAAUAUCUGUGUCUCCAAUGCUAUCUGGGAUCUACUCUAAAAAUAUUUAUUUAUCUUUCAGGGAAAUGUGCAAUAUACCUUUAUUUACAGUUUCUUAUUAUAUCUUUUUCCAUCCAGAGCAUGUAGAGAAUCAAGUUUUACUUACUGCUUGAAUUAUUAACCAUUUUGUUGCUGUAUGAAAGCAUUGUAGUUUUGGUUGUAUUUGAAAAGCCAGUCGAUACGAAUCAAUAAAAUUAUUGGGAAUGCCAAACCCUACUCACUUAUUAAGACAAUUAAAUUGAUGAAAAAGAAGCUAUUUACCUGUGCGACUUCAUUGCUGAUUCAAGUAUUACUUUCAUAUGUUUGCGCACAGUAUAUCAUUUAAACUAAAGCAUUUGUAUAAGGAUCAAUGUCAGUAACCCAACAACAGUCAACUGAUGACAAGUUAGAGUUAAUGUUGGUUGAGGGAAGGGGUUGAUGCACAGUUGCUAACAUUGAUCCUUGUAUAAUCAGGUUUGUCUGGCAGUGCACAGUAUCACCGUGCCAAUCAAUCUGUCACAGCUGAUAUGGUGGACCUUGGUGUCAAUGCAGUUCUUAAAGAUGAAAAAAGUCAGGCUGAAGCUACAGUAAGAUGUUCAAUCAUUAAGUUAACAUUUGACCCUUUUCUCCUUUCUUUAAUACUUUUUAUCUUUGUUGGAAUAAAGAGGAAAAUUGAAGAACGUAUGUAAAUGACCUAACUCACAAGUAAACCAUGAGUGUCAUUCAUAAAUGUUUUGCUCUCAUGUUCUUGUUACUUAAGAUAACCAAAGAUGGGUGCAGGAAGACAAAGAGCUGCUAUUCUGAGCCUGCAAACUGCAAGUCUAGCAAAGACUGUGAUUAUCUUGUGACCAUGAAACCCACGGGGGACCAGGGAGAGUCAGGCGAAGUGGAAUUUGAGCUUAGCGCUAAGAAACAAUGGGUGGCCAUUGGUUUUAACAAUGAAAAGAACAAGAUGGUGAGAAAAAAAUUAUUGUAGUUAUUGAAAUGUUAAGCUUGUGAUUUAAGGUAACAUUAUUGUUUCUUUUUCUAGCCACAGUGCUUUGUCAGAUUUAUACGUCAUGUUAUGACAUCACAAUAUGUUGGCAAAAUUCAUAUGCUAAGUAUCCAAGGCAGCCAUUGAUUGACUUCUGGGAAUACACAGUGAUUGUGAUUGGCAAAAAAACUCAACUAAUCAGAAGGAAGUAUGACCCCAGUCAUAACUUGAUUAAACAGGUGAUCUGCAGUUCAGGCUGCAUACUACCCAGUGAAGGUUCCUGUUUAAUUUCAACCUUUCCUCUUAUUUACUUUGGUAAUCUCUGUAACCCUUUAACUCCCAUGAGUGACCAAGACAGAACUCCUCCCUACCAUAUCAGUACAAUAUGAAACAGAAAAGUGUUGAGGAUCAAGAAAAAUUUCAAUUAUUAGUUAAUCCAAUAACAAAUUUUCAGAACUAACAUCAUAAGAAUUGUAUGUCAGAGAAUUACUAAAUGAGAUCUUGGGAGUUAAAUGGCUCACUGGUCCUAACCCCCAUGACAAUCACUGCAGAAUAUCAUUCUGUCAUGUGAUGAAAAAGAGCCAUUUCUGUUCUGGUGAUAAUAAUCAAAUUGUUGACAGCACUGUUUGUUAUUUACUUGUUUUCAGGAUGGCACCGAUGCCUUAAUCUGCGCUGAAGUCAAUGAUAAAGUCACUGUAGAACAUUAUAUGGCCGACAAAGGAUAUGGUAGACCUACAAAGACCACCCCUGUAAGUACCUGGCAUCCUCGACUGUCCAGUGGUAUUUUUACCAGGUUACCAGUUUAACAAAUAGAUUCCAAUUUGAACAUCAGUGACAUACUCAGCUGCACCUCAUGUGCCACUUUUGUUCUUACCACAUUUUGACGUCAUCUGUGAUCUAUUACUGAACAGACGCAUGGCAGCUUGGAAUCCAUUUGUUUUAUAUAAUAAAGAAUUAAAAUAUACAGAAAAAAGUUUUAAUGAUGACAUCAUCUAUACAUCUGUCCUCUAAUAGAUCAUAAGUGAGAACCAAUCAGAAUGCGUGCAUAACUGAGUUUACUAUAUAAUUAGAUAUAGCUUGUAUGAAUCACCACAUGAAAUAAUGAGUAUAGAGUUGAAAACGCACUGGUUAACUGAAUUUUAGCGAGUUUUGAUUAAGUGUGUGAUGAUUGACAUAUUUUUGUAUUUCAGACUCCCACUUCUAUUAUUGCAACUCUUGCUGAAUCAAAAGGUGGAGUUGUUGCCUGUCGGUAAGUCUCAUUCCAUCUGCAAGAGUAUCACAAGUGGAUCAAACCUUCAAGUUUCCUUUAACGUUCAUGGACACCAAUUUUUGUCCUUGAGCAUAAAGAGGCACUGAGAAUGUCAAUUAUGGCUCAAAAUGACAACACAAUAAACCAGUCAAGGUUAGAAUCUGGACUUCUUGAUCCUGAGCCAUUGGAGUCUCCUCCCUAAACCGAGACCAGGAAACCUCGAAUCCAGAGUGUCAGGGGUGGGGUAGGGUAGGGUUAUUUUGUCACUUGUGCGCAGUUCCAUUUUCCUCUAACUUUUUAAUGAUAUGAAAACACCGGAGGAAGAAAUACUGCAAGAAAUUGGGUAGAAAUUCCUCCCUUUCUAGAAAUGAGGGAUAAAAUACGGUUGUCAUUAUUCAUAAUAGCUUUAAAAGGAAGAAGAAAGAUGACAAGAUGGUGGAUCUUACAAAGACAUGGCAUCUUGUGUAUGCAAGUGGCCCUAUGAGUAAGUGAUGUUUUUUUAAUGGUAAAUAUGUAUUCAUUAUUUGACAGUGUGAACAGUUUUUGGAUCAAUGUCAGUAUCUGAGCAACUGCGCACCUACUCCUCCCCUAACUCAAGAUAAGGCCUAACUUCUUAUCAGUUGACUGCAGUUCGGUUGGUGGGGGGUAGAUGUGCAGUUUCUCAGAUACUGAUAUUGAUGCUUUUCUUAAUAAACAGGUGGAGACAAGAUAGGCAUACACUCCACUACUCCAAAAACCAGCCCUCUGAAAGUGGACGUCAGUGCAAUCGGAGAGCUUGUUGCAGCAGAGGAGAGCAUUACAUUGGUACAGGUUCAUGGUAAGAGAGCUGAUACUGUGGUCAAAACAAAGUUCAUCCAAAGAAACCAUUUUUGGGAAAAAUUCACAAUAGUCUAAUUAAUCUAAGAGUUAUUUUAAACCUGAUAAAUCUCAAACAAUCGAGAACCAAUUUCAUGGUGCUAUACAUUACAUGCAACAUGUCAAUUAUUUACAAAAGAUAUUUGGAAAAUUCCUAACAUGGUAAAGCAAAAGUCUAAUAUGACUAGCUUGAAUAAUUUGAGAACCAAUGACUUAACUGCAAACUUCAACGUUAUCAGACGGUUCCUACACUAGUGCCUGAUCUUAGAAACUAAUGUCUGAAUCUAGACACAAGUGUCCGAUUUUAGACACUAGUGUCCAAUUUUGGACUUAAGUGUCCAAUUUUGACACAAAUGUCCGAUUUUAGACACUGUUGUCCGAUUUUAGACAAUAGUGUCUGAUUUUAAACAACAGAGUCCAAUUUUAGACACAAGUGUUCAAUUUUAGACACUGGUAUCUGAUGUUAGACACUAGUGUCCGAUUUUAAACACUUGUGUCUGAUUUUAGAUGCUAUUGUCCGAUUUUAGACACUAGUGUCCAAUUUUAGACACUAGUGUCCAAUUUUAUACGUCAGUAUCCCAUUUUAGACACUACCGUCCGAUUUUAAACAAUAGUGUGCAAAAUGAGAAAGUAUUUUCAGUCUUGACUUUCUAUUUCUCACAGGCUGUUUAAUGGUUAUUGCGUGGAUCGGCUUUGCAUCAAUUGGAAUGUUCAUUGCUCGUCACAUGAAGGUGUUUUUUGGCCAGAGGGUUCUGCUUGGUACCAAAAUGUGGUUUACGGUAAGACUUUUAUUCUUUCAAACACAGUUUUAUCAAAAAACUUGUCGAUAAUUUUGUUUACGGGAGGAGCACUGUAUUUCACUUUUUAUUCCAAGUAUCAUGUUGAUUUGUUAGUUGGGGAUAUAACAGCUCGAAGUUAGUUUCUCAUUUGCCUAUGAUAAUGAAAGAUAAACCUACAGAAAGUUUUUACAGGUUCACUGGAAGAGUGAAAUAUUUUGGAUAAAUGUCAGUAUCUAAGCAACUACGCACCUACCCCUCCCCAAACCCAACAUGAGCCUUAACUUGUUAUAAAUCGACUGUCGUUGGGUCAGUGGAAGGUGUAGGUGCGUAGCUGCUCAGAUACUGACAUUGAUCCACAUUUUGAUUGUCAUUUCUCAGCUUCACCGAUUGUUAAUGGUCUUGACAGUUGUGCUUACUAUCCUUGGAGUUAUCCUCAUCUUUGUUCAUGCAGGUCGCUGGACCAAGGUAGGACUAAAUCUUCAUAUCCUGUAUCUUCUCUAUAAUGGUUAGCUGGGGACAUUAGGGAACCCACGCACUUCUCGCAAAGUGAAAUUUCCUUUAAAAAAUAUUGUUAACUGCCUUAAGCAGUCUGGCCACAGUCCUCUAAAAACUGAUGUAAAUGAUAUAUGCGCAUUAGGGCAUAUUCAUAUGGAGAAUCUGCUCUGUAAAUGCACUAUUAUUAUUAUCUCUUUGACCUGCGUGACACCUCAGCCAAUCACAACCAGUUAACCAGUGACAACAUCAAUUUACAUCAUAUCCCGGUGCAAAGCGCAAGUCAAGAGUUUUCUAGAGGUGGAUUGUUGACAGAACAAGAGGCUAGGCUUGUAUUAGGCCUAUCGAUUGGCUACAUGGAUAGAUAGUUCCCAGCCUUCUUUUUUCCUUUAUUAACAGGAAGCUGGUGCUCAUCCAAUCACUGGUAUAUUUGUACUGGUGCUCGCUGUUAUUCAACCAAUUAUGGCAGUAUUCAGACCCCACCCUGGAGAAGAAAAGUAUGUUUGGAGAGUAUUUUUUUCUUUCUUUUCUCUUAUGUAUCUUCAGUGUUCAUGUUCUUUAUUGUUGGUGUUACUUUUCUUUAGACGUUACAUCUUCAACUGGGCCCAUCGUGGUGUGGGGCUGUCUGCACUGAUCCUGGCUGGUAAGGAGUCUUUUGAAUCAAAAUAACUUUAGAAUGAUCACUGGCUCAGCUCUUUAGCUUCUUGAACUGAAAAACUGGUUACUCCUUGUUAUAUUAACGAUACACUGUGACACCAGAUUCCCUUGAUUAAUUUAUAUAGAAAAUGGAAACUAACUCAGUAGAUGGGAGAAUCACAAAGCAGAUCUCAGGAGUUAAAGGAAGAUGAUGCUGUGCGGGAAACGUUUGCGACUUUCUUUUAAACAUCAUACAAAGUCACGCACUUUAGAGAUCACUGAACUGUCAAACAGAUUAGAGGCUGAAAUUAUCUCCAAUUUACACUGAUGGUUUUCAGCAAUUUCUUUUGAUAUUAACCCCUUAUUUUUAUAUAUAUAAUACGUCUUAAACUUUUCUUUGUUAAACUUCACAGUGGUGACUGUGUUCUUUGGUCUUCGCCUUCCUCACUCAAGGCUAGGUGACCCCGCCUUGUACCCCAUGGUCGCCUACUGUGUGGCUUUGAUUCUUGUGGUUGCUUACGACAUUUACGAUACUUUGACGACGUCGCGUGGCGGAGCAUCUUUCAACGUCGGUCCGUUGGGAGGGAAAGAAGGUGAUUACUUGUGUAGUAAGGAAGCUAAGUAUCAAUCAGAACUGCCCGUCAAGAUCAGUCAGUGUCCAGAUUUUAUACACUAUUUUAAGGAAUUAUUUCAAAGUGAGAUUAAAGCGUUCUUUUGGCCAUUUUCGAUUGAUUCUAAUCUCCCUCGUGUGAGCCAGUCACGUGACUCUUGUCGUAUUUUUAUGUCUUUUUGAAUGACAGAUGGCAAUGUUGAAUUGCAGCCCCCUGGCGUUCCGGUAUGAAAAUUCGUUUCAUUAUAUCUUGUCUUGUUGUAUCUUUUGCUAUGCUUAAUUCUGGUCCCGUGGAAGUUUAACGAAUUUAAACGCUUUCAUGCCUCAACCCUUAAACUCCAUGUGUGUUAAAACAGCAUGUCUCCUUACAAUUACAAGUGAUGUUAACAAAGAAAAAUACUUAUUUGGGGAUUAUUUAUUGAUCCAGUAUCAAAUUCUCCAAACAAACACCAUAAGAAUUGUAUGACAUACAGUGAGGAGAACUACUAAUGAGAUUUUGGGAGUGAAAGGUUAAAUUAAGCCAGUGCAUUAUGAUCAGCGAUAUAGGUGACGUAAAAUGCGUUCUUUGUGAACUCCUGCUGAGGGAGAAAUUCUUAAUUUCCUUCUCUUCCAGUUGUCCAAGCUUUGUGUGCAAAUAGGGUAAUACUCUCUGUGGAUGUUUUCUUUCGGUUCUCACCCGUUGCUGCUUUUUUUUCCUUUUUGCAGGCUGGAAAUGAACACAAAUUUCUGUUUGCCUUUACGGUUCUUGUUUCAGUUGGUGUUGUGAUUGCACUUUUGGUGCUGAUUGCAAUCGCUGACAGGGAAUCUCACAAACAUGAUCACGACAGCUAAAUUAAAAGUCAAGGAGUGAGUUUAUAAGGGUGUGCUAUUAUUUUAAUAUGCAGACCAAUCAAUCCCUAAGUUGAAAGUGCAGAGAUUUGUAGAAAGAAUCUAUCUGAAUUUUCUUCCUGAAAUCAUUAAACUGAAAUUUUUCAUUUUCUUCUUGUACAGUCCUUUAAAUCUCAUCCAUUGUUUAUCAUCUGUAUUUCUUUUAUUUAUUCUUUUGUAUUUGAUGUUUGUCCAAAUCUGCAUUCAAUAAAAUUAAAAAGGAAGUUACCUCUAAGGUCUCAGGGUGCAUGACUCCCUCUCCUUCCCUCCCAUUCCUUCUUUGCUGAAAGUGCAAGAUCCCUGUCUCUUUCCCACUACUUGUCUAGAAAAAAGGUGAUAAUUUAUGAUAAUCUUACAUCCUGGUUUAUCCUCAAAUGCCAUUGGGUCGCUAGUGUCAAACUGACCCUGUCCCCACCCCUCCAGAGAAUCCUGCUUAUACCCCUUUUUAGGUGUUCUUCUACUUAAAGUUGUUUUCAUAGUUCCUCUAAAUCACCUCUUUCUCUCUUUGCAGGUUGAUGCAACAAAAUUCCUCAAGCAGAGGAAUGAUCAACCUAUGAACUGAAUUGGUACCAAAACAAUCGUAUAAGAACUAGUUGAUAGUGAACAUUUUUGGUAGCCCAUUUAUCUUUUUAAUAAGGUUACAUCUGUAGACUGUCUCAUUUAUUUUCUGUGAACAUCACUUUUUCAUUAGGAUGUAGCUUUUUUUUUUUUUUUAGGUGAAAUGUUUAUAAGAGCAAACAGUUAUUAACGGAUGAGGUGGUAGAGGUCAUACGUUUAUGAAGAAAUUUAUAGACUAGUAAAAAGUGUUCGGAAGAUUUUCCUCUAGAUAAUAGUAUGCAUAAUGCUGAUAUAUUUGAAUGAUUUAAACUCUAGCAAAUAUUUAGACAUUUUAACGAUGAUUUAUCGUAAAUAAAACAAUCAUAUAUUUGAGAAAGGGUUUCCUAUAGAGGUCUUGGCUCAGUUCAAAGCCCUAUUUGCAAUUGUUUUACACCAUGUUUUUACAAUCUCUCCAAAGAAGCCUCUGGCUGACACACUCUUGCUCAUUGAGAGCUUGACUGUUUCAAGUCAACUAUGUGAUUUAUAAUGGUAAUAAGACCGAGUGGAGUCCAAUUCGGUCUGUAAUCAUACAAGUGAUUAACAAAAUGGGACGACUUGUCAAUCAUGAGAAUUAUAACAGACAGAAUUGGAAGACAAAAAUCAUGUUACCAAUUAAUCAUAACCUUCACAAUUUCCAAAAACAACAAAUACAUUUAGGACAAGUAUCUGUGGUAGAGACAAAGUCUAAGUAAAAAAAUGGUUAUUGUGAUCAAUUCUAUAAUUGGUAGAUUUGGCUGAAAGGACUGAGCAUGAUUCAAAAUUUCAACUGCCUGAUUAUAGCCAACUGUCUGAUUACAUUGUCCAAUUUCAACUGUGCAGAAUGAUUCGUGAAAAAUAAAGCAGCUAAAGCACCAAUCACAUUUGAGUAAAUUGUAAUGGUUAUGAUUAAGGGGAGAACUGAAGGGUGUGAUACCUGGAAACAACUUGAUAUUCACCCUUGCGGUGUAGCUUGGUGAAAUUUCAUGUUAUUAUAGCAACAGUGACGAGACCAGUGCAGUCUGCACCACAUAACUAAUGAUUGAGAAACCCCUCCUUGGUUAAAACAACUUAUAAAAAUUUAGACAACUUCCUGUACAAUCAAAGGAGCAUUACCUCAUGAUGCACAGUAAGUAUUUACAAUUAAAGAAAAACUGUGAAAAUAUCAGUAAAUUCCAACACUCAAGGGAUAAACUUGCAAGAAAGUGGUUAAAAAAAACAUUGGGUAAUGAGAAAAAACCUGUAUACAAAUACAUCCCAGACUAUUUAUGGGCUUGGUAUAACAUAGAGAAAGAAAGCAAUCACCAAAAAAAAAAAAAAAAGAGGAAGAAAAGCUUUAAAAUGAAAUUUAAAAAAACAAAACAAAAAAACAGCAAGCUCCCCGGGACAGGAUCUGCACCUAGUCUGGGAGCGCGGUUUCAUGAUACAAUGCUCAACCCACAGAGCUGCAGGAAAAUUGCCAUGAAAUUGAGAGCAAAUUUAAGUCAAUUUGUAUCGAGUCAACAACGUAAUGUUAGGAUCAAGUGUGCAAACAUUCUGAGGGAAGAAGUGUUUUGAAUCUAAGAUGACAUCAGAACCAAAACUCUGCUAUUUGCCAGUUACAUAAUUUUCAAAUUCAGGGGCACUCUCCUCCUAAAUUUAAAGGUCUGGGAAAAGGGUGAAAUUGAUACUAAGUGGAUAAAAAAACAUUGGCUAAUGUACCUUAAGGAAAAAAAUAAUUUAAAAUUGUGACAAUACACAGUCACUUAAAAAAGUAUGUUGUACAAAAUCCAUUGAAAACUAUGUAAUGUUGCAUACUUUUAACACACCCACCUCUAAUAUGGGUUUAAAUGACCCUCUCACAGAACUAAGAUUGAGAUGGUUAUUUUUAACUGGUACUGAUGAUGAUAGUAGUGUGAUAUUUAAUUAAUUUCAGAUGCAAGAUGGUAUUAACACUACGCAAGAUCUGUUCAGAGGUGAGACUCAUGCUGUCAUCAAUAAAUCAUUUUGCUGUGGCUAAAGGGAACUUGUCAACCAACAAGUAGGUGAUAUUUUUAAUGAAGAGGAGGGGAAAAUACUUAGUAAGGUUGAGAUCUUGAAUCUUGCUUACCCCAAAUUAAGAAGUGUUAUUUUGGUUGACAGUGACAAUUUUGUUGACUUCCUAAGAUUACCACUGUCCAUCAUUAGUUCUGUAAAGAGAGGUCCUUCCGUACUUGGCCCCCACCAAUGUUCCCCUGCAGACACCUGGUUUGUUACAAUACGAACCAUUUUGUUUAUUUAUCAUUUUUAUGAAUUUGACUAUGUCUUUAUUAAUUUUCUUCUUCUUCUUCCUCCUCCUUGUGACAAACCUAAAACCUCAUUAGAAUUCUGGGGUGUUCAAGGUUCCAUUCACUCUCAGUUAACUGAAUUAUCAAUCUUUCUUGUGUUUAGGACAAAUUUCCUUUUCGCAAGCUAUCAGCAAUUCAGAAAACCUAAGCAUCUAUUCAUGUAAUGUCCAAUAAUGUAAAUUUUACAGUUUUCCAUAAUGAUUGUGGUUCAGAUGCCAACUUUUCCAUUUCAAAAACAAUAAAGUUUUUCAGGUUUUUUAUUUGUAGGGGUGGCACAGAUAUGCUUGAUGAAAAAGACUGUGGUAUGAAUAGUGAUAAUGAUGAUGAAAUCCUUGUUAGUUCCCAACCAAAUGGGAAUAGCACCCAGGGAGCUAAUAAGUGCCUGGCCAUGGGUGAAGAGUGUGAUUCACAAGGAACCUCUGAGAUGCCUCGAGAUGAUGAUGAUGUUAUAGAAGAUUUUGAUGAUGAAGACUUUUAA